AUGCUUUAUCUCUGUGUCCUUCUGAUACAAUCCGUAUGCGAUAUGAAUACAUUAUUCACACGUCGAAAUGUUGAAUUUCCAACUCAAAGUGGUGCUCUUUUACGAGGUUGGCUUUAUGAACCGAUUUCAAAACUUGAUGAUAAACAACGAUAUCCAGCUAUCGUGAUGACUCAUGGUUAUGGUGCUGUCAAAGAGUUAUACAUCGAUUUGUAUGCAGAACGAUUUGUUCAAUCGAAUUUUGUUGUGCUUCUGUAUGACCAUGAAAAUCUUGGUGAAAGCGAAGGUGUGCCGCGACAGGAAAUCGAUCCAAACAAACAAAUCCAGGGUUAUAGUUCAGCAAUCACUUAUUUACAAUCGUUAACCGACCUUGUUGAUCCUGACCGAAUCGGUAUAUGGGGUACAAGUUAUAGUGCCGGGCAUGUUUUAGUCGUUAGUGCGAAAGAUAAACGUGUGAAAUGCGUUGUUUCACAAAUGCCUUCGAUCAGUGGACGACGUAAUUUAAAACGACGUUACAAAAGCGAGGAAGACUAUCAAAGAUUAUUGAAAGCAUUGGAACGAGAUCGAAAACAGAUAGCAGAAGGCGGUGCACCAAGAAUCGUUCCGAUCAUUCGGCCAGAAGAACAAGCGGAUUGGUGGAAUUUCUUCGAUGUUGGCCAUGCUGAUCAAAAAGAUGCAUGGCGAUACAAAAACUGGAAAAAUGAACAAACAUUGCGUAGUGUUGAACUAUACGGUCAAUACGAUCCCGAAGAUUCAAUAGAAAAUCGUUCCUCAUGUCCUCUAUUAAUGCUGGUUGCUGAUCACGAUACAGUAACAUUUACUGAAGAUGAAACCGAAUUAUUCGAAAAGCGGAUCGAUGAACCAAAGAAAUUGGUGAAAUUUCCUGGUGAUCAUUUCUCUGCAUACAAAGCGCAAUUUGAAUUGACUGCAAAUGAAGCAAAUGAUUGGUUUAAAAGAUAUUUGCAAUAA